UGCAGCAGUUCUUCAAACUUUUGACAUUUCAAAAUCUCUUUGUUUUCUGUGAAUUUUGAUCGAAAAGAUAUGUCUGAUGGUGAUAAAACAGAUGUAGCAUCACUAAAGAAGGAGGUGGCGGUGGCGAGAAAAGAACUGAAAACUAUACGGAAGGAGAUCUUUUCACUGAAGAAAGUUCAUCAGAAGGAGGUGACACACUUGGAAAAUCUCCUAAAAGGUUGUCAGAUACAGAGUAACGAUUGCAAGUCAGCCAAUACUGUUGAUCCAACGCCGGCUCCAGAAGAUAUCAGAUACCUAUCUAUAUCUGACGCGUCCUUUCUAACCAGCAAACCCAUUGGUUUCAUAAAGUCAGUCUUCCAGUUUAAGAACGGCACUCCGAGACAGCCAAGUGUCUGUCAGCACUCGAGAGGUUCUCUCACCAUAGAGCAGACCAAUUUUAACAACCCAGAACAUUCCUUGGAGGGUCUUCACCAUUUUUCUCAUUUAUGGAUUAUAUUUGUGUUCCACCAAAAUAACAACUCCUGCACAAAAGCGAAAGUGAAACCACCCCGCCUGGAUGGAGCGAAAGUAGGCCUCUUCUCAACUAGAUGUCCCUACAGGCCUAAUCCUAUUGGACUGUCCCUUGCAAAGAUUGAAGACAUUAAAGGUGCUACUAUCUAUCUGUCUGGCAUUGAUAUCUUGGACGGAACUCCGGUAUUAGACAUCAAGCCCUACAUACCUGAUUACGACUGCCCAGCAACAGCCGUCGAUGCCAGCGACGAAGAUGUCGCAGACCUAAAUGAAUCUCAGGUGGUCGUCGAGGAAGAGGAGUUAUCUGUUCUAGAGAGUGAGAUGAAAGAUAUCUUGGAUUCGUCAAAUGCGAGUUUCAAUGGAGGACUGAAUGGUUCAGUACACAUCGACUCUCCUAACAGUCUCUCAGCAAAAAAGACAGUUCAUGAGGGUUUGGAGUCUGUAUUCUCUGAAUUGACCUUGAGUACACCAAAAGACCUAGAUGUUUCAAAGAUGAGUAAUCUUUCGGUUGAUAGUAGCGGGUUGUUAGAUUCGAGCCAUAGUUCAGCACUUGGUGGCUCUGGUGAUUGCUCAGCUUUUGGAACCCCAGAUCGCGGAAAUUCGUCAUUUUCACUCAAUCGGUCCUUGGAGAUUGUCAAGGACGCCUUGUGUGGAUCCAUGGUGUCCGAUUUAAACGAUUCCAACCAUGAUCCCUUGGAUCCCCUUGCGAUCAUUCACUCAGUUAAAGAAAAAAUGAAAGUCGGCCAAAACCGUAGUCCUGGAAACAACUCAAAUGAUUCGGGAAUAGGGGGGAGCUUGAACACUACGAAGGUUAGUUGUAGUCAGGGGUAUCAGUUUGGGAAUCACAGGAGCUGUCCUGGCUAUUCUCCUGGUGCUUCUUUUCAAUUUGGCUCCACCCCUACUGCCCGCCACAGUGUGUCUUCCGUCAGUGACUGUGACCGGUCAUUUGAAGCCAAUGAAGCUCUUCUGAAACUCAGAAGACAGGUAAAUUCCUCCACGAAGCCGGAUCUGGUGUUGGGCAAACCCACAUCACAGCUGUCGCCCAAUAGUAGCGUCUGCCACAACUCGGAAGUUUUCUCUGUGUCCGAUUCUGAUGAGACCUUAUGUUCAAAUUAUGAUGAUGCCUCUUUGUCUCGGAGUUCAGAUUCUAUUUUGGCUAAUCAGAAGGUCACCGUUAAUCCAUCUUUUCGAAGCGUUUCACCCCAGUUGAAAUGUGCAGGGUUAGGUUCCGGCAUGGUGGCUGAAGGCGGUCAUCCCAAACCGUUUACACCAAUUCAGACUUGUCAAAAGAAGUCAUUCUCCCCUCCAAGUUAUCCUAUGUCGUCUGACCCCAGUGGUCUUUCUAGCCGCAUGUCCCCAAAGCUUAGGAGGCUGUAUUCAAACAUGGUGAACUCAUCUACCAAUGGCAACCAAGAUGAAGCUGAAAAUACUUCCAUGAAUAGUAGUCUUACUGGUGGGGCUAGUCCUAUUCCUGCCUCCCAAAAUCUUGAUAGUCGAACGAGUGUUGCUGACUGGAUCGAUGACGCCAAUGCCAAAAAAGAACUCCUCGUAUCUUUUACGCAGAGAGCUGAAAAAAUGGUUCGUAUGUUUGGAAACGAAAGCAAGCUUUCGCCAUUUAAACUCGGACAUUUGAAAAGUUGGGGGGAUUUGAGGCACGCCAUUGAGUCUGUACUGAAGGCAGAUCCACGCUCUGUGUAUCGGCGAGAAAAAUGUCCGGACCGCCUGUACUACUUCACAGUUGACUGCGCCCACAUUACUUGCUGGUUUGAUGGGAAUCUCGCUGAGGUGCUCAAGGUCCAGCCAAUGGAGUUUGCUGGCAAAAUAAAGUCUUAGGUACAUGUGCUGACUACUGUGUGUCUCGAACACAAUGUGGCCAGGCACAAAUGAAGUGUAGUAAUGUUUUGAAUGUAUGUGUAGUGUUUUUCAGAUAGAUCUGGCCAAAGGUGCUUGGUCGACCUCUUGUCACUUAACAUCCAUCUUGACCCGCAAUGUUUUGAGAUCGAUAGUGGUGACGAAAAUGCAUGAGAGUCAGAAUGCUAAACAUCUGGAGAUCAGGCUUUUUAGGCGUAGUAUAUAUUGAAAGCCACCUGUUAUGUCAGGAUGGUGUCUAAACUGUGAUAGUGUGAUCACAAGUAGUAAUGUUACAUAGCCCUGGGCAGCCAGCUUCAGUUGAAAUUGUGGAAGAGCUAGCCAUACAGUGGAACCUCUCUAAUAAGAACACUCACGGGAAUGAUAACUGCUGUCCUUAAUAGAGAGGUGUCCUGAUUAGGGAGGUCAAAUUGAAUUGAAACAACCCAUUUGGGACCAAAAAUAGUUUCCUUUAUAGAGAGGUGUCCACUAAGGGAGGUUCCACUGUACUUGCUAUGUUUGUUCAGCAUUAGCUAGGCCUACCCUAUCAUAAGAUAAUCUUAUGUGCAACACGACUUUCUUUUGGUAAAUGUGAUAUGAGAUCACAUUCCAGAGUUCAACUACAAUGGAACCCCCUUAGCGGAUACCUCUCUAUUAAGAACAACCUCUCUAUUAAAGACACUAGUUUUGGUCCCAAAUUGGUACUCUCCAUUCAAUUUGACCUCUCUAAUCAGGACACCUCUCUGUUAAGGACAGCAUUUGUCAGUCCCGAGGGUGUCCUUGAUAGAGAGGUUCUACUGUAUAUACCUUUGGCCAGAACAACAUGAAAAACACUAUAGAUGCAUGUCAUACCUUUGAAUGCUCUAAAUUGAAUUGUUUUCUGCCUUGUGAAUUACAUUGGGCAUUUACACGUAUCAAAAUUGGCCAUUCAAGGAACAAACAUAUUGACGCUAAAAACAUUUGUGCGCCAUAUUAAAAAUAACAUCUUAAAUGUGCAUGUAUAGUCCAGGAAAGACAUCGUGGAGUCCCCAUCAGUUGGGUACUGGUAAAGGUGACUCGCCUUGCUGCAGCAGAGGUCGUAAUGUCAUCAUAUACAAUCUUGUGGUGACGCAAGAUUGAAAUGAGGCUCUCAAUGGACCAGUGCUUUUUUUGGCAGGAACGGCCAGCCAAACAUAAAUGGGCUCAUGGUAGCCUCAUGCAGCCUGAAAUCUGCUCAGAAGUUUCUCAGUUGUUUUAAAUGCUCUCUGUAAUUAUAGUAAUGAAGAACAGUGCAGUUCUAGUUAAAGGGUAACUCGUGUCAAAUUUCACCAUAUAAUGUUUCAGCUGCUUUUGACAAAUGACUACGUCACUUUCUCAUAAAUCGAUAAGGUUUUCGAAUCGAAAUGCACAUUUUCUAGAAAUUGAUGGUUUAAUCCUGCCCGGACGGCUCACUUCGAUGCCGUUGAAAUUGCGCUACGCCAACGACGUUUUCGUUGAUGACGUCACAACAUGAACAUUUUCACGGUCGCGGUGGUUCACAUUCAGCGAUUUUAUGAUAAAUCUAAUCAAAAAUGGAAAAUUUGAGCUUUACAUUUGUGAUCAACAAUUAAAAACGGACGGAUUUCGGCAAAGUUGUAAAUCACAUCAUAGUAUCACUUUAAUGUCCAGCUGGCCUGAUAUUCAAGUGUAUGCAAAAUAUCUAUUGGGAUUUGAUAUGCAGCAAAUUGUAGUUCUAAUCUACAAACUGUUUAACGUCCAACUGGCCUGAUAUUCAAGUGUAUGAAAAAUAUUUUUUCCAAAGCAAUAUGCAGCAAAUAAAACUAUGAAGAGUAGGUGAGGUGCUAGAUGUAAGAAAUUUGAAAUUGUUUUGUGCAUUUUUCUUAGGCUGUAAAAAUGCUUCUUUAGAAGCUGAUGCGAAUAUUGGUUUGUAGUAAUUUACAAAUAGUCUGUACGUGCUUUUUACUGCCAAAAAAUAUAGUUAACUAAAUGUGUGCGUUUUCUUCUAGCUGUGCUUUUCUAUAGCAUUUAUGGUUGAAUCUCGAAUCUCAGAUUCGUUCUACAUAUUUCUUCCAACCUCAGUCUGGUUGUUAGAAAGCAUGUUAGCGCAUAACAUCAUGCUGACAUGUUGUUACAUGUGCAUUGAUGUACAUGAAUCAUCAUGCUGACAUGUUGUUACAUGUGCAUUGAUGUACAUGAAACAUCAUGCUGACAUGUUGUUACAUGUGCAUUGAUGUACAUGAAACAUCAUGCUGACAUGUUGUUACAUGUGCAUUGAUGUACAUGAAACAGCAUGUCAACAUAAGCUAACAUGCUUUCUAACAACAGGGCUCUCGAUUUACCAUGUAGCCUGGAGUUUGAUGCUCCGGGUCGUAGCUGCCAAUGAUGAGUAGGGAGGAAUUCCAACUUAACUGUAUGUGCCAGUAUAUUACUCUUCGUUGUGAAGUAACCAUUUUGUAUUUUUAUACAAAUAGAUUUUGUAAAGAAAUAUUAA